UUCUGAGAACUCUCUUCGUUGUCCUGUCUCUGAUGCUGAUUACUCUACGUUAUAUUAUUCAGCAUGACACUUGUUUAAUUGGGAGAACCAGAGACAGAGCUGAGACAUGAUGGAUUCCUCUUCUACCUUCUCCAACAUGAAGAAAAAGAGCAAGAAGCCACAACAACUACUGUGCUGCUUCUUUGCUCGAAUAUUUGGUCAAUCUUUCUCACCUUCCUCCUAUAAAACAAAGGCCAAUGACAACCUUGAGCUCAAAGACUCCAUUAACGAACCAUCUAUUCCUGUAAGUGUUAUUAAUUCAGAGAUGAAGGUGGAGGAAGCGAAGGGUGAGGCAGGGGAUGCGGCGGGGUUGAAGAGGUCGGUGAAGCAGCUACACUUUGGAGGGUGGGAGGAAAAGGGGGAGGCGGCGUUGGAGAUAAAGAGGCUUGCGAAAGUGGAUGCUCGUAUGAGGCGGUCGCUGGCGAAGCUGGGUGUCAUUCCGUCGCUGGUGUCCAUGCUCGUUGAGGCCCAGGAUGAUCAUUGCCGCCGCUUGGCCAUUGAAGCGCUGAUCGAGCUAGCUAAUGGUACUUUUACAAACAAAGCGCUUAUGGUGGAGGCCGGACUCCUUGUGAAACUACCACAGCUCAUGGACACCCUGGAGUUAUCUGGAAAACAAGAACUUGCAGUCCUCCUCAUGUCCAUCUCUUCUCUCGCAAAAACUCAAUUCCCCAUGGCCCCUGGCCACAUCAUUUCCUUCCUAAUUGAGAUCCUUAAUGACGAAGAAGUUGUCGAGGAGACAAAGGUUACAUGCCUAGCAGCUCUAUGCAAUCUGUCAACAAAGCUGGAUAAUACUAGAGCUAUUGUUUCGAGUGGUUUAGUGCAUACUCUGAUAAGAUUGUUGUCGAACAGAAGGGCCUCGGAAGGAGCUCUAGCAAUCAUGGGGAACUUGAUUCUAAGUGAAAUGGGAAAGAAAGCCAUUGAAGAUGACUCCAUGGUUCCAAAAGCCUUAGUAGAAACAAUGACAUGGUUUGAGCAGCCUAAGUGCCAAGAGCUUGCUAUUUACAUACUGAUGAUUCUCGCUCAUAAGAGCAAAACACAGAGGCAGAAGAUGGCAGGGCUGGGGAUUGUGUCACUACUUCUGGAGGUGGCCUUGUUAGGGAGCCCCCUUGCACAAAAGAGGGCACUUAAGAUGCUGCAGUGGUUCAAAGAUGAGGGACAAUCAAAGAUAGGAGCGCAUUCUGGGCCUCAAACAGAAAGGAUUUCGCUUACAAGCAGUCCUGUUAGUGGAGGAGAGACAAAAAAAUGUCAAAAGGCUGUCAAGCAGAUGGUGAAGCAGAGUCUCAAUAACAACAUGGAGGCAAUUAUGAGAAGAGCUCAUGUACCUGAGAAUUUUUCUAGCUUUAAAAGCUUUGCUGCAAGCUCUAGCUCUAAGAGCCUGCCUUACUAAAUAUAUCUCCCAUCCACCGCAUCAAAUCUUCACCUUUCUUUCGAAAAUUUGGUUCUGGUGAUGGUGGCAUUGUACAUUUAAUAAUAAAAAAUCAGACAUUCCU